AUGUUCGACGAAAAGACAGCAGCUAUUGUCGACUCGGCCGGAGUUCCUCCAAACGCAAAGAAUGAGACGAAGGUUCAAACAGGAACAUCCAACGACCCUCCACAUGAUCCGCACGUUGUAGACGAGCGAGAUGCGGAUGAUACGACACUUUUCUAUAACACAAACAAAGACAAGGUCAGACCAUUGACGCCAGAAGCAGAAGGAAAGCUUGUCCGCAAGAACUUCUGGUGUCUUCUCAGUCAGACAUGGUGGAUUUCCUUCCUUAUUCACCUUGACAAGUCGACUCUUUCCCAGGCUAGCACAAUGGGUAUUUUCAAAGACGUGCAAAUGUCUAAAAAUGAGUACAAUGAUCUUUUUGUCUUGUUUUAUGCUGGCUAUCUUGUUGCCCUUUGGCCUGGUGCGUGGAUUUCACAGCGGGUUGGACACAAGCACUUCAUUACGGGCUCGCUGUUCCUCUGGGCUUUAUUGUUAGGUGUUCACCCAGCGGUGAAAACAGGGAAACAGAUGAUGGCAGUGCGAUUCUUGUUGGGAAUGACCGAAUCGCAGAUCGUACCAUCGACAGCAAUCCUUCACCAGGCCUUCUUCCCCCCCAAGAAAAGUCCUUGGGUGCAACUAUUAUGGUGGGCCUUUGGAAGUAUGGCAAAUGUCAUGCUGACAAUGAUCGCCUACAAGCUCAUCAUUGAUGAUAAUACGGGGUUGCUAGCUGGAAGCAUCAACUCGUGGAAAUGGCUUCAUAUCAUUUGCGCAGUUCUGACUUUUGCCAUCUUUGUUCCUCUUCUCAUCUUCCUGCCAAAUUCUCCACUGGAUGCAAAGUGGCUCUCAAUUGAGGAGAAGGUUCACACUAUUCAAAUUAUACGCCAGACGCAUGCUGGUAUCACGAACUCGACGUUCAAGUGGUCACAAGUGCGAGAAUCCUUUACUGAUUUGAAGAGCUGGUUGUUCAUCUUCCACAUGUUCUUCAAUGAACUUCCUAAUAACACCUCGCAACAACUACCACUUAUAGUGGUCGGUUUUGGAUUUACCCCUGCCGAAAGUGCCUUGUUUAAUAUCAUCAAGCCACUCUGGGGAUUGAUCCUGAUCCUUGGAUCAGCCACCUUACUGUAUAGUACCCGACUUGGAACAGGUUAUACGUGUGCUAUCUCCUACAUCCCCUGCUUUGUUGGGGGUAUCAUUGAGUUGGCAUCUCCCUGGUCAAACAAGGUAGCUCUAGUAGUGGGCACACAGAUUUCCACCUUCAAGCCUUCCUAUCUUCUCGGUCUCAGCUGGGCUGGAACAACUACAACAGGGCACACCAAGAAGUUAUGCUUGAUGACCUCGUGUAUUGUGGCUGCUUCUAUUGCCAAUAUGAUAUCGCCAGAGUUCUGGCAGUCAAAGUACAAGCCACACUAUGUUCUCCCUUGGGCAUUUAUGACUGCCUUCUGGUUCAUUUCGCCCGUGAUGUGCAUAAUUAUUCGAUUCUAUCUCCAGCGCGAGAAUAGACGCAGAGAAAGUCUUCUUUUGGAGAACGAUACAGAAUCAGAGGGGGAUGAAGUGAUCGAUACAGGCCAUCAAGUUGUUAAAAUUGGUGCUCGUGAUCUUGAUAAGACGGAUCGAGAGAACUUGAAAUUCAUCUAUCCACUGUGA